GGUGUGCGCGUCACUUCCGCGAUCCCCGAUUCUGAUUGGCCAGAACGGUUGGCGCUUUUGUGAUUGGCCGGACCCAGUACCAUCCCAGCAUGCUUCGCGCCGCCAGUUCUUUUCCGCUGGCCUGUCUCCCUAGGAGGAGGCCCGUAGGUAGCCGCCAUGGCGCCCAGCCGGAAUGGCAUGAUCCUCAAGCCCCACUUCCACAAGGACUGGCAGCGGCGCGUGGCCACGUGGUUCAACCAGCCGGCGCGGAAAAUCCGCAGACGCAAGGCCCGCCAGGCCAAGGCCCGCCGCAUCGCCCCGCGGCCUGCGUCAGGGCCCAUCCGGCCGAUCGUCCGCUGCCCCACGGUGAGGUACCACACGAAGGUGCGGGCCGGCAGGGGCUUCAGCCUGGAGGAGCUCCGGGUGGCCGGCAUUCACAAGAAGGUGGCGCGGACCAUUGGCAUCUCGGUGGACCCGCGGCGGCGGAACAAGUCCACGGAGUCCCUGCAGGCCAACGUGCAGCGGCUCAAGGAAUACCGCUCCAAGCUCAUCCUCUUCCCCAGGAAGCCUUCAGCCCCCAAGAAGGGCGACAGCUCAGCUGAAGAACUCAAACUGGCAACACAGCUGACAGGACCAGUCAUGCCCAUACGGAAUGUCUACAAGAAGGAGAAGGCCAGAGUCAUCACAGAAGAGGAGAAGAACUUCAAGGCAUUUGCCAGCCUCCGCAUGGCCCGUGCCAAUGCCCGGCUUUUUGGCAUCAGGGCAAAAAGGGCCAAGGAAGCUGCAGAACAGGAUGUUGAAAAGAAAAAAUAAAGUGCUAUUGGCAACUCCU